UGUUCUUGUGGAGCGGGGGAUUUUUAGGAGCACGCAGAGGGGCAGGUUUCCUGGCAAUUCUUCAAGCGGGGAUGCAUUUCCGACAAGUUGAGGAAUGUUAAUGAAGCGGUGACCUUGGGGCUGUUGUCCUUUCGACCGUGAGUGUGCACAAGUUUGCACGCAUAGCCACACUCACACAGGAUCCCAUCCCCCUCCCUCUGGGACAAGGUGCAUUCCAGAGACAGAUGUCCUCAGUCGUAUAGCAGUUUGGGACGAAGCGAAGGAACACUGCGCUUCCAAUGUCCCGGCUCAGUGAUGUGAAAGCUUCUUCUCCCCUCAACAAAACUUCGAUGACAACCUUCAACGAAUAUCGUAAGUGUGUCAGGACUGAAGGAAGACCAGGAAAUAAUCCACUGGAGAUGGAGAGCAAAGAUGCAGUCAGUGAUUCUGAUAGUGGAGUCAUUCUUCAAUCAGGGUCAGAUAGUCCUCAAUCUAUGAUGAAAGAUCGUUAUUGUUCAUUCAUUUUACGUAAACAAAUGCUGGAGGAAACCCUUGAGGCUUGUUUGACUGAACUGAAAAAACUGUGUUUACGCGAAUCAGAGUUGACCGGAUAUUUGCCGAAGGAGUAUCCGUUAGCUGAAGACGAGGAGCCGCCCAGUGUCCGCCGCCGUGUGGGGACAACCUUCCAGUUGGAUGAACUGGCAAUCACUCCCACAGGAGAGGACACUGAAAUGGACCGUCUGGAGCGAGACUUUACUUUACAGCUACAGUUUGUGGAGGCAGCCAAACGCCUUUCUCAGGAAGGAAAUCUGAGCAGGCCCAUCAGAAAUCAAAGAAAACGCGAGUAUAAAAAAGAACAAAAGAAACUAAAAGUGAUCAAAAAAGCCAUAAAUGAACUUAAUGUUAUAUCUGAUGAGAGAAGAGAACAGACAAGUAAUGUGACUGAAGGACCGGGUGCCUCUGAUGACAGUUCUCUGGAAGAUGACACAAAACAGCGUCACAGUCAAUGCUCGUCCACAGAAUUCUUGGCAGCGACCCAUCCGUUACAGAGAAGUAACUCACCGCUGCUUCUUCUGCAGCCCCAUAGACGCACCCCACCCCAAACUCUGGAAGGACUUGUCCUGGGCCGUUAUCAGUGCAAUGACUAUGACAAAUCACCCAUCAUGGACACUGCAUGGAUGGAAUCUAAUCUGGACAAACCCUACGAGAGAGUGAAAAGGCGUUGCUCUUUAAAUAGCAAGUCAAGUAGCCCAGCAGUGACCCCAGUGGAGUCUGUACUGAAUGAUUUUUCACCCUUUCAGCACUUUGAAAUGAGGAGCAGUCACUGCCAGAAUCAAAACUCACCAAGUGCGCCCUCAACACCAGAAAUGAGGGGGCGUGUUCAACAUCAAACAGGCAGAUAUUUGGAUGUGAGCCCUUUUGCAGCAACCGAUCAAAGAAGUCGCACCUUGAAUCCUCAGAGAAGAACGACAAAUGAUACUGUUAUUGUGUCAAAUAAUCGUGGAAAUAAGGCCAAUGAGAAUUUACACAUGAGGCCAUAUUAUGUGAGUGGAUAUGCCGGCUCUGAGUUUAGUAGCUCUGGUGCCUCAACUUUACCAUAUAUUCAGUCACCUCUUACAUAUAGAGCUGCAGAACCCAGACACUGGCAAAUGUGCAACUUGCCUGCAAACAUGGAUGCAUCUGUCCUACCAGGUAAUGGAUUUUACCAGUGUAAUCCAAGCCAGCCUUUCCCACGUUAUAGAACCAUUGAGCACAGAGAGGGGAAUGCAACAGGUCAUAUGUGGGAGAGUGACCCAAAUCGCCAAUAUAAUGCAGUACAUUACUUCAACCCUCCACUCUACCGAGACUGCCAUUACAGCGAUGAGAAAAACUCACUGCCAUUGCAGCGAAUUACUACGUCUCUCUGCAGGAUCGUGCGGACUCCGUCACUAAAAGAGUACCCCAACAGAACCUUGCACAGGGAUGUUGUGUCGGAUGAGCUUCAGUCAUGGCAUGAGAGGGCCAGACAGAGAAAUGGCCAUCCCCACUCGCUGGACAGACAGGGGGCUUUCCGGGGUCCGAGAUCUCACAGCCGAAGCAGAGAGCAGUACAUGCGUUGGCCAGCUCUACCCUUGCAGAGACACAUGCCGCAUUGGGGCAGAGAUUGUGCACAAAAUCAGUGGUACAUGACAGAGGAGUCAGAGAUGGCAAGCCAAUUCUAAAGCCGGAAUUUUGCGGGUUGAAAUUCCUGAUCAUCGUAAUGAAGUCGGUUGGCCGUGGCAAUAACGUCCGUCUUAGUGAAGAAACAACAUGUAUCGACAUUCGUCCAAAUCUUCCAUUUUUUUUCCACAUUGCCAUUUCAAUGACAAAAAUUUUCAUGUCUGCUUUCUGGACCAAAAACUCAAGAUCGCAACCAUACCUUAAUCUAAAUGUUCACAAGUAUUUGAAUGGAAUCAUUUCUCUUCCUGCCCCUGGAAUGGUGUUCCUGUUAAUUCUUCAUUGCGGAUUUGCGUUUCUGGUGCUAACUGAUUAGAGUUUUUGUUUAUUGAUCAUAGGUGGCAAAUAUUGACCAUUGGUUGAUAGUCUGUAAUUACCUCGCAUUAUAUGUCCAUCGAUGCUUCUCUAUUGAAAUUCUUAUUUAUGUUUUCCUUUUGCUAUCUGAUUUACAAAAGUUUAAAACUAUUGAGCGAUACAGUUCUUUUGAAAAGUUAUUCAUUUUAGAGGGUAAAAUAUAUGAAAAUAAUAGUGAUGUGUUUUCUAGACAUUGAUUCAAACAAGUUUAACCAAGUAAAAUUGAUUACUGCUUUA